AACCAAAAACCCACUCCGUCUACUUUCCAAGUUCAAGAUCGACGAACCCACACAUUCAAGCUCUCGAAUCUCCCAAUUUCGAUGGGGUUUAUCUUGGAGUGGGGAGUUAUGUGCUAAAAAACCCCCUUAAAAAUUUGAAAAUGCCAUUCUUGCCCCGAUUUCGUGGCAGUUUGUAGAGAGCGAUCCCUUGGAGAGAAAAAGAAGGGGGGAAUGGGAAAAAUUAUCGUCGCAGCAGUAGCAAGUUUGUGGGUGAUUCCCAUUUCAAUCGUAGUCAACAAGAUCGUUCCUGAUCCCUACAUGGAUGAGAUAUUCCACAUCCCUCAAGCACAACAGUACUGUAGAGGGGAUUUCAAGACAUGGGAUCCAAUGAUCACUACUCCCCCUGGACUGUACUUUUUUUCACUUGCCUACAUUGCUUCUUUGUUUCCAGGCAUGUGGAUCGCUAAUGCAGUCCAGUCAUUGCCUGAACUCUGUUCCCCUGCAUAUCUUCGUUCUACUAAUGCUUUCCUGGCUAUCAUCUGUAGUGUACUUGUAUAUGAAUUGCUCAUCAACUUGAGACCUUCUCUUGGAGAAGGGAAGGCAACAAUUUCUGCACUACUGAUAGCACUGUAUCCAGUUCACUGGUUCUUUAUCUUUCUGUACUAUACAGAUGUGGCUUCCAUAACUGCAGUCUUGGCAAUGCUUUUGGCCAGUCUUAAGAAGAAAUAUUGGUUGAGCGCUAUGGUGGUUUCUUUUGGUGCCCUCGCGAUUGUUUUCCUUGACGACCGAAACUAUUACUUGAUGGAUACCGCUGAGAGUACCAAAAACCCAUCUAGUUCCAAAAUAAUCGAAAGCUCGUGCUGUGACUCGGGUUUUAUUGAUGAGGUCCUGGAUACUGCUUUAAAACUGUGGAAUCGGAAGUGGCAAGUAUUGAUCACCUUUGCCCCUUUUCUCAUGGUGCUGAUGUCAUUUGUGACUUUUGUCAUUUGGAAUGGCGGCAUUGUCCUUGGUGCAAAAGAGGAUCAUGUGGUUUCUCCCCACUUUGCUCAGAUGUUGUAUUUUUCUGUGGUCUCUGCUGCGGCACUUGCUCCUGUGCACUUCAGCCUAGGCCAGGCUACAACAUUAUUCCGAUUAUUUUGGAAGACUAAAGUUUGCCGUUCUAUUGAAGUCCUGAUGGCACUUUGUAUAGGAUUUACUGCGGUGCAUCUAUUCAGCAUAGCCCAUCCAUAUCUCCUUGCAGACAACCGACAUUACACAUUUUAUUUAUGGCGGAAAGUCAUCCAAGCUCACUGGAUCAUCAAAUACCUUCUAGUCCCAGUUUAUGUUUACUCAUGGAUCUCUAUCGUCAAUGUAUUAGGUAAAUCUCAGACGAAGAUUUGGGUUGUGUCCUUCAUUGUAGCCACCGCACUGGUUCUGGUUCCUGCACCACUUGUUGAGUUCAGAUAUUAUACCACAUCCUUUUUAGUGUUGUUUCUCCAUUCACAGAUUGAUGACAGUACAAAAUUGUUGUUCACUGGGGCUAUUUAUGUAUGUGUAGAUAUAUUUACCAUGAUCAUGUUUUUGUUUAGGCCAUUUCAGUGGGAUCAUGAGCCUGGAACACAGAGAUUUUUGUGGUAGUUCAUGAAAAUCAUGGAGCUUGGAACACUGAUCUUAAUUAUAAUUAUAUACCUCAUUAGCUUUCUUGUACGAGAAAUAUCCCAUGAGUUGGUCGUCUCUUGUAUCAUUUUUCUUAA